AUGAGCCUUCAGAGAACACCACCUAAAGGCGUUAUAUCAGCGUCCGAUCCUGAUUUAUCUAUAUUCUCUGAUGACCUACAAAAUUGUAAAACAACGUAUCGCAAGCGGAAGGUACCCGAAAAUGAGGACUCCUCUGUUCGAGAACUUCGACGUGACUUGUCUGCUUCUAUGUUGGAGACUCGUGAGGAACUUAUGAACGUCAUGAAUGAAUAUCGCCAGGAACUAAAAAAUACAUUGGACAAUUUUCAACAGAAAAUGAUGGCAUCGAUGAAAGAUUUAUUAACUAAACAGAACGAUACCAUCGAGAAACUGUAUACAAGCAUCGGUGACAUCAAAUCCCAAAUUACAGAUAUAAAACACACCAAUAAUACCCUGUUAUGUGAACAGAACAGUUUAAAAACGAUCACUUCUGACCUUAAGCAAGAAGUUGAAACUAGUGCCUUCAAAAUAGAAACCCUUGAAAAACAGCUAGAAACUAACAAGAAAUCUGUUACUGAACUCACUACUCAGUUACAGUCGAAGGAACAGCUGGGAAGAAUGAAUAAUCUUGAGAUUUCCGGGGUACCGCUCAUCAAAGGCGAAAAUUUAUACAAUAUUAUUAACAGAAUUGCCGCCGUGGUUGGAUUUAUAUUGUCACCAUCAGAUAUUGAUUAUAUCCAUCGUGUCAGAAGAUAUCCUAGGCAUAGUAAUACCGAUGAAAGCCCAGCUCAAACUGCAAAUAUCAUCGUCAGGUUCACACAGAAAAAAAGAAAAAUGGAUAUGCUUGCAUCCAUUCGAGCGCGACGUAACUUAAACACAGCUGACCUGAACAUCGACGGCCCGGCGAAACCGAUAUUCAUUAAUGAUCACUUAGCGCCUCACAACAAACAGCUGUAUGGCCGAGCACGAAAACUUGGAAGGGAGUAUGACUAUAAGUUCAUCUGGCUAAAUGACAGCAGAAUAUUCGUACGUAAGAAUGAAACAUCAAAAGCUAUUCUUAUCUUAAGUGAAAACGAUUUAACUAAAAUAAAAUGA